CCCCCCAGGUACGGCCCGGCCCCCCCAGGUACGGCCCGGCCCCCCCAGGUACGGCCCGGCCCGGGGGAGGCACAGAGCUGUGGUAAAACGCCUUGGGACGGGAAAGGCGAGGGAGAAACUGUGCUGGUUUUGGUGACCAACUUCAUUGCCACCGCAGAGCAAGCCCAGGGCAACUGUCCCGAGAGCCCCUCUGUUCUGGACGCAAUGUGCACAGAAGAUGCAGACUGUCCCAUGGGAAAUCCAGUGCUUCAUGGCCAUGGGAUAAAAACGGGGAAAUGCGUGAUGUUCAAUACUACCCACUCCACCUGUGAGAUCUACGGCUGGUGUCCUGUGGAGAACAACACGCUGCCCAGGGAACCUCUUCUGUCUGAGGCGAAGAAUUCCACUCUUUUUAUAAAAAAUACUGUCCACUUCACCAAAUUUAACUUUUCCAAGUGCAAUACUUUGCAAACCAAUGACCCCACCUAUUUCAAGAGCUGCACGUACGAUCCAUUCUUCAACCCCUUCUGCCCUGUCUUCCGUGUCCGUGACAUGGUGGAGGCAGCUGGAGAGACCUUUGGAGACCUCGCUCUGCAAGGGGGGUGCAUCGGAGUUCGCAUCGAGUGGGACUGCAACCUGGACCACCCCGCUGCCGAGUGCCGGCCACGGUACUCCUUCAGCCUGCAGGACAGGGGGUACAAUUUCAGAACUGCCUCCUACUUCUGGGACUCCCAGCGGCGGCUCUACCGGAACCUGCUGAAGCUCUAUGGCAUCCGCUUCGACAUCUCUGUGCACGGCCAGGCUGGAAAGUUCAGCAUCGUUCCUGCUGCCGUGAGCAUCGGCACCAGCAUCGCGUUCUUUGGUGCCGCCACGGUGGUCUGUGACCUGGUCCUGCUCUACCUGGAUGCGAAGGCUGACUUCUAUUGGAAGGAGAAGUUUGAGGAGGCAAAACCCCCUAAAGGUAAGGCCGAGCCCAAAGCUUAGGGACAUCGGGAAUGCUCCACCACUAGCGCCCUUCGCUCCGGAGUGACCUGCAGGUAGCUGCAAUGGGGGCACGGCUGCAGCCCAGAUGGAGGUGGCCCAGUUCUCCUGGCCUCAGUGUGUGCUGCUGGAGUUAGGGUCUGCCUUUGCUGGAGAAACAUCAGCAGAAGUUCUUGGCUCCUGGAGCUCGAAGCCAUCCGCAGGGCAGCUCCCAGCGCUGGUGGUGCCCCAGCAGAGCCGGGCUGAGGAGCUGCUGCGGCAGCCAGAGCCCGACGGGAAGCGCUGGCCCAUGCUUGGCACAAGAGGCUUAAAGCACUUUGCGCUUCAUCUUCCAGAUGGCCCUGGGCCUUGAUUUCCCACGAAAAACAGGGAUGCAAGGAAAUAAAGCUGUUCAGAAAGCA